AUGGCGCCAACUCGUGACGCCGUGCCCAACAAGGGCCGCCCGGGCAUCGCCCGCUUCGGCAAGCAAAGACGGCCCUCAGUCUCCGUGCCAGAUGGCACAUCUAUUGAGAUGAUCGAUAUGUCUCACGCCAACAUCUCCGACGUCUCACUCGUCGACCACUCUUCAGACAACAGGUCCGACCUGAGCACCAGCACAUCCGGAAGCUGGAGACGCAAGACCCCCAGCGGCAAGCCUCUCCUGUUCAAGCCCCCUUCCCUCCGCUUCCGGGGUCGUCCUGAGAUUGAACGACCAUGGAGACGUUCCAACGACCAAUCUUACCUAUCCGGUGAUGAGAGCCACGACUCCGACAACGAGUCAAAGUACAGCUUCGACACUCAGUCUACCGUCACCAACGCAACCAGUGUAGCCUCCUCCGACGAGGACUACUACCCCCCAAAGACCGACACCACCACCACCGCUCGCCCUAGGCCUUCCAUCACCUUUGCCCCACUCCCUCAAUCCAUCUCUCAAGAGAAGCAAGUCGUGAAGAGAGCCUCAGCACCAGUUACCCCCGCUAAGCCAGCAAAGCUAAGGGGAGCUCGCAUUGACAUUGCCGCCCCUGUGAAGAAGACCCUGCACAUUGAGAUCAAGGCACCCCCUGCCCCUGCCGCCCUUCCCGCUCCCCCUUCUGUUCCCCGCAUCACUCAUGAAGAGCUUCGCGAGCGUGAGAGAGUUGAGGAGGACCUCCUCAAGGAGAUCUCACGCAUGAGAGAUGAGACCAAGAGCCUUCUCGGCAGACAGUCCGCCACCGACAGGAGACUAGAGGAUGCCCUUGACCGACUUGACAUACUUCACUCCGAUAAGGAGAGGGCAGAGAGACAGCGCAAUGAGGCUCUUGAAAGCCUGAAGACACUAUCUGCCGACAAGGGCAUGAUCGAGAAGCUGCACAGGGAUGAGCAAAAGCUCAACGACAGAAUUACACGCGACUUGACGAGAAUUACUAGCGACUUGGAGGUGCAACUUCAGCUUCUCGAUGACGCCAACAACCUCCUUCACGAACAUGAAAUGAACCUCGAGGGAGUUAGGAAGGAGCGCGAUGAGCUCCGCGACGUCGCGGCUGAGUUGGAAGCCAAAUCAACCGAGCUGGAAGCCAAGACAAGCAAACUUGGAUCCAAGUCAAACGAGCUCGCCGCCAGGUUCACUGAGCUCGAAUCCAAGUCCACUGAGCUCGAGCAAACUCUCGCCUCUGAGAGAGACGCCAAGAACAACAUCUCUUCCAAGUACGCCACUCUCGAGAAUGACUUUGCAGAGCAGAAGAAGGAGAGAGAGCAUUUCGAAGCUCGCUGCUCCAAUCUCGAGAAGGAUCUCGGUGAUCUCGGCGCUGUCACCAAGGAGACUGAGCGCGCUCUCAUUGAGAGAAUCGCUGCCGCUGAGUUGACCAGAGACGCCCUCAGGAUUCGCGUCGCCAGCCUUGAGACCGACCUUAUCAAGAGGGGCACUGAACUCGGCGACGUCACUUCUGAGCGCGACCUCCUGCGCAUGGAGCUCGACAGAUAUAAGCCUCAAGUCGACUCGCUUCUCAAGGAGAGCGGAGGCCUCACCGAGGCCAACAAGAACCUGCAGAUUCGCAUCGAUGAACUCGAUGAGCAGAAGAAGGGACUUGAAGCCAGCGUCGAACAGCUCGAGACCGAGAAGAAGGGUAUCCAGGAGCGCUUUGACGCCAUCGAGGUUGAAAAGCAAGAGAUCGUGGUCAGGUUCACUGAGCUUGAGACUGCCAACACCGAUCUCCAGACCCGCUUCGAAAGCCUUGAGAUCACCAAGGGUGAGCUCGAGAUUGGCAAGGCGGAGCUUGACACCCGGGUCAAGGACCUUGAGGGUGUACAGGCCAAGUAUGACAAGCUCCAGACGCGCAUCGAUACCAUGAAGGAGCGCAACACCACGCUGAAGGAACAGGUUCAGGGCCUCCUCAGUGACCAGGAUGACCAUACCUCUCAAAUCCUCCGUCUCUGGGAUGAAAGAGUCGGCCUUCAGUCAGAGAUUGGGUCUCUUAAGGACGAAAACGCUUCCCUGGCCGGAGAGAAUGCAUCACUGAUUGACGAAAACGCUUCCCUGGCUGGAGAAAACGCGUCGCUGAUUGACGAGAACGCCUCAUUGAAGGACGAGAACGAGUCCGUCACCAGCGAGCUCCGCCGUGCAGAGUCUCUCAUGGGCUCUGCUGCUCCAUCCAUCGCUCCUUCAGUCAUUUCCGAGAGCGAUGCUGGCAGCGAUGCCGGUACCGUCAAGGCCGACGAUGAUGCUGCCCCCGCGCCACCUGCCCCCGAGGAUGCGCCGCCGGCGCCGCCUGUUGAGGAGGUCAUCAUUGUCGAAGAAGAGGUCAAGGACGACGCCAAGUCUGUGGCUCCGUCUCAGGUCGACAAGGCGAUGCCCGAGGUUGAAGCUGAGCCCGUUCCCGCCCCCUCACCGGAGGCCGAGGCUGAGCCGGCUGCUGAGAAGGCCGAUUCCGUUGCCUCCUCUGCCCCCGAACCCGCCGUCAUGGAGGAGCUCCGUCAGAACAUUGCCGAACUCCAGACGCGCAACGACCAGCUUCAAGAAGAGACAGUCAAGCUUGGCUCCCUCACCGCCGAGAGAGACGAGCUCGCUGCCCGCGUCGCCAACCUCGAGCCCCUCACCGCUGAGAGAAACGAUCUCGCUGCCCGGGUUGCCAACCUUGAGCCCCAGAGAGAUGGCUUGAACGCUCGCAUCGCCGAGCUUGAGCCGGAGGCAAACCAAGCUCCUGUGCUCCGCCAAGAGAACCUGUCGCUGACGGCUCAGCUUGGCGCGGUCAACGCUCAGCUUGAUGGUCUUCGCGCAACAUACGAGGCUACUGUGGCCGAGGUCGUCGGCCUGCAGCAACAGAUUAAGUCGCUGCGCGGGCGCGUGGCCUCGCCGUCCGGGGAGUCCAAGAAGUCGUCGUCGCGCACCAAGACAAAGGACAACGACAAGAAGAAGGAACAGCUUGUCGUUAUCCGUGAUCCCAACGAACGUGGCAGGAUUCAAGUCAUUCGUCGAAGCGACUUGCGCGCGAUGCGAUCCUCGUCCCAGUCGGAGGGUGACAAGAGCGAUUAA